CCCUCCGAUAUUCUACUACUCCUUUGCUAAUAAAUACCCCCACUAGCUAAGUCAUCUCUUUCCCACAGCACAACACACUCUUUACAAUUCCAGUUUUUUGGCCUUGCAUUUUUGAAACUCUGGUAAGAAAGUAUUAGGAGUUGAUUUUUCGAGACACAUAGUUUCAGACAUAACAAUGAAGUUCGGUAAGAGAUUGAAGCAACAAGUCCAAGAAACUUUGCCAGAUUGGCGUGACAAGUUUUUGUCUUACAAGGAAUUGAAGAAGCUUGUUCGUUUGAUUUCAUCGGCACCACCUUUCUUGAAUGGAUCGAGUGAAUAUGGAAAGUCGGAGGCUGAGUUUGUGCGUUUGCUGAAUUGUGAAAUCGACAAGUUCAAUGCUUUUUUCAUGGAACAAGAAGAGGAUUUCAUUAUCCGGCAUGAGGAGUUAAAGCAGCGGAUUCAGAAAGUGAUUGAUGCUUGGGGGCCCAGUGCAAAACAGCCUUCAGAGGCAGAGUAUAAAGAGGAGAUGGGUAAGAUUAGAGUAGAAAUCGUCAACUUCCAUGGUGAGAUGGUGCUUUUGGAGAAUUACAGCAAUAUCAAUUACACAGGAUUGGCCAAGAUAUUGAAAAAAUAUGACAAGCGAACUGGUGGAUUACUACGUUGUGCGUUCAUUCAAAAGGUAUUGGAGCAACCUUUUUUCAUCACCGAUCUCAUAUCAAAGCUUGUCAAGCAAUGCGAAAACAUGAUAGAAGCAGUCUUCCCAGUAAAGGAAGAAGAAAAGGGAAAUAAAGGAAGAGAAACAAUAACAGUUGCUGGAGAAGAAAUUUUUAGGAAUGCAAUUACAGCUCUAAUGACCAUGAAAGAAAUUAGAAGAGGCAGCUCUACUUAUAGUCAUUUCUCCCUACCUCCUCUAAACUUAACAGACUCUGAUCUAAUCCCAUCAUUCCAGCUAAACUCUCCCAUAUCCAUUGUCCAAUAAAAUUGGAUUUAUGAGAUAUUGUUGUCACAUGACAGUAUAGUUCACAUUUUAUU